AUGGCUUCCAUCGUUGGUCGCGCAACGAAGCAGGCACUCCUACGAACGAAACCUUCUCUUUCAAGUCAGCAGGCGUCUUUUGUUAGUUUACAUGGCAAGACUGGCAGAAGAUUGGCAUGGACGUUGGGUUCUCUUGCGCUUACAGGGGGAGCUGUGGUAGCCACUGCAUUAGCCCAGCCUACAUUUGCAAGUGAUCUGGUACUUCACCCACCUCACUAUCCAUGGAGCAAUAAUGGACUUCUACAGGCUUUUGAUCAUGCUAGCAUUCGUAGGGGUUACCAGGUGUACAAGCAGGUGUGUGCCGCCUGUCACAGUAUGAAAUUUUUGUGCUACAGAAACUUAGUCAAUGUUAUCAUGUCUGAGGAGGAGGCUAAAGCUGAAGCCGAAGAGGCACUGAUAGAAGAUGGUCCUGAUGAGGAAGGAAACAUGUUUCAGCGACCCGGCAAGCUGUCAGACCGCUUUCCUAACCCCUACAAAAACGAAGAGCAUGCACGUUCUGCCAACAAUGGAGCUUUGCCGCCAGAUCUCAGCUACAUUGUACCAGCCAGGCACGGAGGAGCGGACUAUAUAUUUUCACUGUUGACUGGCUACACGGAUGCACCUGCUGGUGUCAAGUUGAUGGAUGGACAAUACUUCAACCCAUACUUCCCAGGAUACGCCAUCGGCAUGGCCCAGGCCUUGUAUAAUGACCUCAUUGAGUACGAUGAUGGAACCCCAGCAACACAGAGUCAGUUGGCCAAAGAUGUGUCCACCUUCUUAGCCUGGGCAGCUGAGCCUGAACACGAUUCGAGGAAACUGAUAGGACUUAGGACCCUGAUUAUCCUUAGCUUGUUCUUGGGCGUGGCUUACUACAUGAAGCGUCACAAGUGGACCACUCUGAAGUCCCGCAAAUUAGCUUUCAAGCCACCCAGUGACAAGUGA